AUGCCAACUUCGGUUAAUGCAAUUGAAAAGGCUAAUGUACUGAGAAAAGAGUUUCUGGAAAUUGAAAUAAAUCAUGACGAAUUGUUAUCUAUUGAAUAAUUUUAUAGAUGCUUAGAUAAGAAAGUAUUAUCUGCUACAAAAUUUAGUUAAGAAGACAAUUUGAUAGAGAAUUAGGAGAUCAAUUAUAUUAAAGAAUGAAUAAAAGUUUUAAUAAUAAAAUUACAGUGGAUGAAUUUAUUAAAGUGUUUCUCUAAGCAGAAGAAAUCUUAAAAAAUAAAAUUGAAGGUUGUAAGAAACAGAUUUUAGAUUAUAAUAAAUAAAGAAAAUAUGUAUCAAACUAAUUUGAUGUAUUUAUUGUAAAUAAAGAAUUAAGUCAAUAAAAGAUAGUGAAAGAGUUAAUUAAUAUGGAAUUAAAGAGGAUAGUUAUUUGACAGUUGAAUUAUUAGAAGGUAUCAAUUUCCCAGCUUAAAAUGUAUCAGUAAUAUUAAAAUUGGAAAAUUAAAAAUAAGAAAUUCAAUAGCAAAAUGGACCAUCUCCUUAAUGGAAUAAAACAAUUAAUUUGUAUAUUAUUUUUUUAAUUUUGUUAGUAAAAUUUCAACUGGAUUAGAAGAAUUAUAAUUAUUUUUUUACACCAUUAAUCAUCCAAAUAUACCAUAAUUAUUAGGAACUGUGACUUUAUCAUUAUCACAUUUAACCAACCAAACUAAAAUUGAAGAUUGCUGUUAAUUAUUUGAUAAAAAUGGAUAAUAAACUUAAACAAAAAUUAAAUUGAGAUCAUAAUGGAUAUUUAAUGACUCAAAAUCAUUAAGUUAAUAAAUUGAAGUUUGGAAUGAAUAAAUAAAGACUGCUUAAGAUGAUUUAAUUGAUUUUGAAAAAGAUCUAGCCACUCUAUAUGAACCCUUUCCAAAUUAUGUUUAAUUAAUUAGGAGUAUAGAUAAAGAAGAUCUGGCAAUAAAUCAUUAACCUCCCAAUACUUUAGUGAUGACACCAAUAAAUAAUGCUAAUUCAUAGUACGAUUACAAAUUAUAUACUCGAUUAAGUAUAUUAGUUGUUAUGGGACUUAGUGUAUUCAUUUGUUUUGGCAAAUCUCAGUUUCUAGAUGUAAAUAUUUAUAUCUAAACCCCAUAUAGUUGGUUAUAUGUUUUUUCUUCAUUAUUGAAUUUGAAUUCAAUAGACUCUACAAAUAACGUUUAAUUUAUUAUUCUAUAGCUGUUGGAAUAUCAUUGUUAUGUGAUUUAGUAUGGGCAAUUAAAUAUUCAAGAGGAUUUUGGGGCAGUGAAGCUACUGAAACUGAUAAAUAUUAUGCCAUAGAGAAAGGUCCUAAUAGAUUAGCCUUAAUCUUACUUUAUGUGUCAUUCAUAUUUAAAGUAAAUUCUAUUCCAUUAUUAUAGCUAAUUUUAUGUGCUCUUUUAGGAGCAUUAAGUCAAGAUAUGCCUGAAAGAUUGGAAGAAUAGUUGCCAAAUAAAAAUAAAUAAAUGAAAUAAUAAUUGUUGUAUUAAAAAAAUAAGACUGCUUAAUUUGGUGAAGAUAAUAGCACAUUUUACAAUUAUUGA